UCAUUGGCAUUGCUGUGGAUAACAAUAGAAAGAACAAAAGCAGAUGCGUUACAAAAACCAGAGCAAAAACUAGCCGUUGAAGAAGAUACUGAUAAAAAGAAAUGCAGUCCUCGUCUCUAAUGCUACGUCGUUUCCGGUGCUUUAACUCAGCAUCAGUAGCAGCAGUUCCCUGUGCUUCUUCUACUUCUAAGAAGAAGCCUCUCGUUUUCUUAGGUUCUCCUCAGGUAUCAACAACUGUGCUAGACGCGCUUUUUAAUGCAUCUUCAUCUCCCAAUUCCAUCUUUGAGGUUGCAGCAAUAGUUACUCAACCACCUGCAAGAAAAGGUAGGGGAAGAAAACUAAUGCCUUCUCCGGCUGCUCAGUAUGCACUUGAUAGAGGCUUUCCUCCUGACCUCAUAUUUACACCUGAACGAGCCGGAGAGGAUUCGUUUUUGUGCAGUCUAAAAGAGUUGCAGCCUGAACUUUGCAUUACAGCAGCAUACGGGAACAUUUUACCUACCAAGUUUCUCAAUAUUCCAUCGAUGGGUAUAGUAAAUAUACAUCCAAGUUUGUUGCCACUUUAUCGUGGUGCUGCUCCUGUUCAAAGAGCACUGCAGGAUGGUGUUAAAGAAACUGGCGUAUCCUUAGCCUUCACUGUCCGUGCUCUAGAUGCUGGACCUGUCAUCGCCCAUGAAAGACUGGAUGUUGACGAUCAAAUUAAGGCUCCUGAUUUGCUUGCAUUGCUCUUUUCUGAAGGAUCCAGGCUUCUGAUUCAUGAGCUUCCCUCUAUAUUUGAUGGAUCAGCCAGGGAAAAAGCUCUAUUACAAGAUGAUUCUAAAGCUACUUUGGCUCCUAAGAUUACUCCUGAGGAGUCAUGGCUGUCCUUCGAUGAAGAAGCUUCCGUCCUACAUAAUAAGGUUCGUGCAUUUGCAGGGUGGCCAGGAACACGAGCUAAAGUAGCACUUGUGGAUGGCAAAGAUGGUAACGAAGAUAUCAUAGAACUGAAGGUCAUCACUACAAGAGUUUGCCACCAUGGCAUCCCCCAAGGCAAUGAAGUGGAUGACAUCACUUUUCUCAAGGGUUCUUUGGUGUUUCCUUGUGGAAAAUCCACUGCACUUGAGGUAUUGGAAGUUCAGCUUCCUGGCAAGAAAGCAGUAAGUGCAGCUGCCUUUUGGAAUGGUUUGCGAGGCCAAAAGCUGAAGAAAUUAUAGCAGAAGAGAUGUCUAGACGGCUACAUAAUUAACAGGUAGGCAUUUAUUGAUUCUUUUCUAGUGCCAAAAAUUGUUCUUAACAUCUUUAUUCUUAUUUAUAUAUACUUUUAUCAUGUUAUGAUGAACUUAAAUUUUCAGCAGUUGGUGCUUAACAGCAAAAUAUCCUAAAACAACAUACAUAUUGCCACUGACAAAUUCUUCUAAACUUGCACCGCUUCCUGUCA